AUGAGGAAGCCUUCCAUACCAGACCUGAUAUACCAGAGAACAUUCCCGAAACCAAAGCAAGGCGAUCCGGGCUCUUUCUUCGCACACAUUCACCGGCACAUCGUUUCUGAGAUCCGAGUCGAAGUCCAGACGUUUUUCGGGACCAUCGACACCCUAGAAGCCCAAUACCCAGGUCUAGACUACACCUACCCUCCUCACCGCCGUCGACUAUCCAGACACCCGUGGCAUAGAAGACUCUUCCGUGUAAUUGACGAGCUGGGCCUGACUGAUGACGAGGUUUUGAGUCUGUGCCAAUGGGAGGGAACCAGGGCAGCUAAAGAAAGAUACGAGCGAGAAGCACAGACCGAAGUCAAGUCUACGACAGGCGCGGACGUCGAAGCCGCUCCGCAAGGCAGUGGACCUAGAGCAAUCUGGGAGGACUGGAGUCGACCUCGGUCUAGUCGCACAUCUUCAGACAAUGACACGGUAACUGAGCUGGAGGAGAGAGAACACAAAGACGGAAGUCCUGCCGUCCGCCACGGUUCCAAUGAGCCGCCAGACGACAAUGUUAUGGGGCUCGUCCGAGAUGCCAUGCAAGCAAGAAUGGAAGCCAGAUCUAGUGGGACACCCUUGAUCAUCAAUCAAGUGUGGGAGCAGUGGUUGAAAGAGGCCUUGGAACGACACGAGAUGGACGUCGAUUCUGUCUUGACAGCCAUACAGAGCCUUGACUUUGAAAUGAUAUCACCUGUCGUUGAAGAAGACGCUGCGGUCGGACUCACACCUGCUACUACUCCUCCUUUGUCACCCUCACAACCGACACAUGCCGGCCAAACACGCAGCUACGAUGACCUGCAUACUAUGGUGGACGAGUUGCAAAACAACAACACACGAUUGGCGGAAGAUAAUGCGGCGAUGGCACUGUUUCUGUCAAGGUCACAAACCGAGGCUGCGAGGUAG